AUGGGUGGAGAAGAACAGUGCAUAGCCUCCAACAAUUUAGUUACUAGUCCUGAAGGGAAGACACCAUUUGACAGACCUAGCAACAGAUCAGAGCUGAAAGAUUUUAAAGAAAUGGGAAGCAGCAAAUGUCGCUUGGUGUGCUGGGACCUGAAGGAGCUAGGGUCAGCGGGGGAGACCUGCCUGCAUCUGUACCUUCUCAAAGCCACAUCCAUACAUGCAGACCUCGCCAAAAGGCUCCUGAGGUUCUACCCAAAGCUCAUCAAUGACAUCUAUAUGUGUGAUGAAUACCAUGGAGAGAGUGUACUGCAUCUGGCAAUCGUGAAUGAGGACCUUGCAAACGUGAAGUUCCUGCCGGAUUCAGGUGCAGAGUACCACGAGCAUUGUGUUGGUAACUUUAUGUGCCCAGAGGAUCAGAAAAGUUCCCGUCCAGACUCACUUGAUCAUGAAUAUGUCAAUCUGUCUCCUGAAACCAACUACGAGGGUUAUGUAUACUGGGGAGAAUACCCUCUGUCUUUUGCUGCAUGUUUGGGCCAAGAAGAAUGUUACAGGCUGAUGUUGGCCAGGGGUGCCAAUCCUAAUAAUCAGGACACAAAUGGAAAUACUGUACUCCACAUGUUGGUCAUAUAUGAAAAACUGUCAACUUUUGACAUGGCCUAUAAGGUUGGUGCGUCUCUAGCAGUGCGUAACUUGCAGAACCUCACACCACUCACCCUGUCUGCCAAGCUUGCACGAAUAGAGAUAUUCUUCCACAUCCUCAACAUUGAGCGAGAGAUAUAUUGGCAGAUAGGAAAUAUUACUUGUGCUGCAAACCCACUAGAACAAAUUGAUACUAUUGAUAUUGAAACAGGGAACAUCAGCAAGAACUCAGCACUAAACCUGGUUGUGUUUGGGGAUAAAGACGAACAUUUAGAACUGAUGGAUGGCAUGCUUGUGGAUCUUCUUAAUGCCAAAUGGAAUGCAUUUGGCAAAUUCAGGUUCUACCGACAGUUCUUCUUGUUUCUCUUCUACUUUCUAAUUUCUCUGGUUUGCUUUACCCUCAGGCCUGGUCCACCUCCAAAGCAAGCAGCUACAUCUCCACCCCUCAAUAGUACUGGCUCAAAUGUCACUACUCCUAUCCCACUGAGCAACAGUUCAACUUUUUCUCACAUGUCAUCACAGUUAAGAUUAUCAGAUAUUUCAAACAAAGCAGCUGAAGAUGAUGAUGAUGACGAUGACUGGUGGGAAGACCUUAUAGAGGAGUGUCGACUGAUACAGUUUGGGUCCCUGAAAGUGAAGAUUCGAGUUAUCUGUGAGUUAUGCAUGGAGAUUGGUUCCGUGCUAUAUAUUCUGGCAGCUCUAUGGGAGGCAUGCUUUCUUGGUCUCAACAUGUUCAUCGACAACUUCAUGACAGCACCAUCACGUGUUAUGUUCCUGUGCUCCUGUGUUCUGAUGCUCUUCAUGCAACUCCUCAGAUCCUCCUGCCUCACCGAGAUUGAGGAUGUAGUUGCUGUUUUCAUCAUGCUGACAACAGCACCAUACUUCCUCUUCUUCUGCAGGGGCUUCAAAACAGUUCGACCAUUUGUGGAGAUGAUAUACCGCAUGAUUAUGGGUGACCUCCUGCGGUUUGUGUCAAUUUAUCUUGUGUUUGUCAUGGGAUUUUCACAGUCGUACUACAUUAUCUUCCUGUCAUUUGACAACCCAAACACGCCAGAGGGAGUGGAUGAUUCGGUGUCCAACCCUGUCCAUCCAACAGAAUCUGUGCUGGCCAUGUGCCUCAUGUCAGUGACAAGCUUUGGUGACUACUAUGGCGCCUUUGAGUAGACAGAACACGAAUUUGAAGUGAAGCUCCUUUUUGUGGUUUACAUGGGCAUUGUGGCCAUCUUGCUGGUGAACAUGUUGAUAGCUAUGAUGGGCACCACAUAUCAGAAGAUUGCUGAAACCCGCAAUGAGUGGCAGAGACAGUGGGCCCACAUUGUGCUGGUUGUAGAGCAAGGUGUCAGUCCAGCACAGAGACUCAAGAAGCUCAUGGAUUACUCCCAGCCAUUGUCUGAUGGGCGCCGAGCCCUUGUGCUGAGACUCAAUUAGUCGGAGGAAGACAAGGAAGAAAUGAAGGAGAUCCUUAUGAAGAGGGUACAUCAGCACAUUGUCAAGAGAAGGAAGCAGGGCUGUAGCAAGAUACUUUCAUCAAUUCCCAGUCUGAAGAGGCUCAUGCUAUAAUCAAGAUUCAUAACUGAAAAAUUAUUCCUCAAACAAUUUGUAAUU